AUGACGAAAGGAACAUCUUCCAAGGGUCGCCGUCACGGCAAAUCACAUACACUCUGUAUCCGUUGUGGACGACGAUCGUACCAUAUCCAGAAAAGUACCUGUGCGAGCUGCGGGUACCCGUCGCCGCGAAAGCGGACUUACAACUGGAGUUUGAAGAGCAAGCGGCGACGCACUACAGGAACUGGGCGCAUGCGGUACUUGAAGACGGUUGCUAGACGGUUUCGAAACGGGUUCCGCGAAGAGAACACUCGUAAGGCGAUAAAGAGGACAGUGGCUGCCGCUCCCGCACAGGAGAGCGGCCAGGAAGCAGCGAGCUCUUGA